GGGGGGGGGGGCGAGGCGCGGCGGCAGAGCAAGCCCAAGGGGUACGCGGUGAGCGUGCACUACUCGGCCCUCACCUCGCUGGCCCGCGCCUGCCCCGAGAGCGCCCUGCACCGCGUGGGCAGCAUGUUCCGCUCCAAGCGGCGGAAAUUUCGCGUCACCAGCGAAGACCCCACGUAUACCGUGCUCUACCUGGGCAACGCCACUACCAUCCAGUCCAAAGGUGAGGGCUGCACCGACCUGGCCGUCUGCAAAAUUUGGAGCAAGAGCGAGGCUGGCCGGCAGGGCACCAAGAUGAAGCUGACCAUCAGCGCGCAGGGCAUCCGCAUGGCCCACGCCGAGGACAAGGGGCUGCGCCGGCCCGGCCACCUCUACCUGCUGCACCGGGUCACCUACUGCGUAGCCGACCCGCGCCUGCCCCGUGUCUUCGCCUGGAUCUACCGCCACGAGCUGAAGCACAAGGCGGUGAUGCUGCGCUGCCACGCCGUGCUGGUCUCCAAGCCCGAGAAGGCGAAGGCUAUGGCCCUGCUGCUCUACCAGACUUCGGCCACGGCGCUGGCCGAGUUCCGCCGGCUGAAGAAGCGGGACGACGCGCGGCACCAGCAGCAGCAGCUGGUGGGCGAGCAGAGCAUCCCGCUGGUGCCGCUGCGCAAGCUGCUCAACGGGCAGUGCUGCUACAAGCCGCCGGUAGAGCGGAGCCGCAGCGCGCCCAAGCUGGGCUCCAUCACGGAGGACCUACUGGGCGAGGAGCAGGAAGAGCGGGCCAUGCACUGCGACUGCGAAGACAUCCUGGAAGCGUUGGGCGAGCCCGAGGGCGAGCUGCUGCGCCCCAGCACCGGCCGCGGCGAGAGCCCGGAGCUGGGCCAGCUCCUCCGCGACCUGGGCGAGCUCAGCCUGGGCAACGACUUGCGCUCGCUGCGCGCAGACCUGCGCGUCCGCCGCCUGCUUUCCGGGGAAAGCACGGGCAGCGAGUCCUCCCUGGAGAGCGGCGGCACGGACGGGGCCGCCCCGCCCGGCAGCGACGCCGAGCAGCCGCCCCCCGGCGACCCCGAGACCGGCUGAGCCCUCGAGCCCAUACGGGCGUGCGCGGUGCCGCCGGGGCGCACCGGGUUCCCUCGGGAAUGCACGGCCCCGCCGGGGCGCACCGAGUUCCUUCUGACCUUUCCGGGAGUUCACGGUCCCUGCCGGGAGUGCACGGCCCCAGCGGGGCGCACCGGGUUCCCUCCGGGCGUGCACGGUCCCUUCCGGGCGUGAGCGGCGCCGCAGGGGCGCACCGGGUUCCCUCCGGGAAUGCGCGGCCCCGCCGGGGCGCACCGGGUUCCUUCCGGGCGUGCACGGCCCCGCCGGGGCGCACCGGACCCCUCCGGCCCCGCCGAGGCCCCUCGGGGAAUUCCCGGUCCCGCCGGUUCCCCGCGGUGCCCCCGCGUCCCGCAGCAUCCCGGGGAGCGGCCGCCCCUCCCGUGCCGGUGCCGGUGGGCG